AAGAUUGAAUGUAAUUUUCAAUCAUGAGUGUUGUAGAGGAGAAGAAACAAGAAAGAACUAAAGCCAAAGUACAAGUGACCAAAGCUUCGCGAAGAUUAACUGGUGCAAUUGAAAGAAAGGCAGAUGUUGAUGUUUUGACUGCCUUAAUGGUUGAACUAGAGAAAGUAUACGAUGAUUUUUGCGUGAUAGAUGAGGAAUAUGAAACCCUGGUUUCAGAAGAAGAACAUGCUGAUCAUCGAGUUGUUAAUGGGUUAGACAUUAUUGCGUACCGGGCAAAUGUCAAAGAAGCAUACACGGUGGCCAGAAAUGCUUUUAUGCAGGCAAAGGCCCCCAAGACGUCAAAUGUGGUUCAGCUGGGUUCAGUUCCCACACCUGCUGACCCCCCUACACAUCCAUCAGAACAAAGUGUUACAUUACCAGUACAAGGAACUUCUCAGUCAGGAAACAAUGUUAACCCAGAUCUAUCAGUCACUAGUGUGGUCACUGCAUCCUCACAGACACAGAAUGUAACAUUAUCAGCAAGUAGUGCCCAAGCCAACAAUUUUCAUUUUGGCACUGGAUCUAUUACCCCUGCAGGUUACAGUGUGGCACCAACACCUCAGCACCCAUUACCUGUGUUGUCUACUCAACAGCCCACAGUGACACAUGUAUACACUGGACAUUUGUCAAGUGUUUUACCACAACAGUCAGUCAGUUAUGCUAUGCCAGCUCAGAGCUAUGGUAGCCAAGCAAAUGAUUUGAUGGGGUUUGAUCCCAUUAGUUCCGCUAGUUUCAGUAGUCCCCCGGCCCAGCAGUAUUGGUUGCCACACUCAUUUGUUCAACAGUCAGCAGGAGGACAUGGUUAUCCUGGACAGUUAAUGAAUGUGUCUCCGUAUCAGCUUAGUAGUCAUGGUAUGCCAGCUCAAAGCAGUGGAAACAGCUCUGCAGACACACCAGGUGUUCACCUCAAGAAAAUGUCACUUCCCACCUUUUCUGGCCAGAGAAAAGCUUGGCCAGAGUUUAAAACAGUCUGGAAGCAGUUGGCAGAAGGUGCAAUCAAAAACAAAACAGCCUUAGCUCACGAACUCAAGAGGUCAGUGAAAGGUGAAGCUAGUCAAAGGAUCAAGUCAGUGUAUGUCACCAAACCAGAGGCUUAUGAUAUAAUGUGGAAGAAGUUGGAAGAUUACUAUGAUGAUACCAGUGCCACUGUUCAAGCAGCACUAGAGGAUUUACAUAAGCUCAAGCCAGUCUCAGAAACCGAUUACAGAGGUCUUGUUGAAUUUGUUGACGUUGUGGAGUCAUCCUACAGCCAGCUUGAAGAGUUGAAUCAGUUGAACUCUCUCACUAUGAGGGACGUUGAUUUUGUCAAUGGACUUUUGCCUAACCAUCUGAGAUUGGAGUGGAUUCGCAAAUAUCAUGAUAUGAGCCAAACAGAGAGAAUUCAGCCUUUCAAAUCCUUUAUGAAGUUCUUGGAAAGGGAAAGAGAAGCAGUAGCUCGGUUAGCUGAAUACCAACCAAGGCGGAGAAGAACACUUGAAGUACCGAGGAAUGGUGAUCGUGGUAAAGGGCUGACACAUCAUGGAACAGGAACUGGUCAGGGCCAAAAACAGUUUUACCAGUGUGUUUUCCACAAGAGAAAUACGGUUAAGCACAAAACAAGUGAUUGUAAAGAAUUUCAGAAGCUCCCCAUCAGUGGAGAGGGUGGCAAGUUUGAACUCCUCAAACAAGUGAAUGCCUGUUUUGUCUGCUUUGGAGAUCACCCACAGCAGAAGUGUCCCAGCAAAAAACCAUGUUCAUUGUGUGGAAGUGAGAAGCACCACUUUCUCCUGUGCAAGUCAGGAAAAAAGAAAGAAGGUUCAAACACUACUGGUCAAGAUCAGACUCUAUCAGCACCUCGAAAGGAAGAAGAUCGACAAACUGACCAUUGUGCUCAUGCUGAAUCAGCAAGUCAUGCUACAAGAGGAGCUGGCCUUGCUCUCUAUCCCAUCCAGCAGGCAAAGGUGUGUGAGAGUGGGAAGAAUGUUACCAUAUUCUGUGAUGGUGGCUCAAACACAACCUACAUAACCCACCAAGCAGCAGAUAGAAUCAAGGCCAAAAAACUGAACAGAUUCACGCUUGACGUAACCACGAUGGGAGAUGUUGAGAAGACUUACAACACCCGACAGUAUCAGUUCACCUUGAGAACGGACACUGGCAAGAAAGUCAGUAUCACUGCAUUUGGUAUGGAUAGAAUUACUGGUCCUGUCAGCAAGCUGGACACUAAAGUCUUAGCCAAUUUGUUCCCUGGCUAUGAUGUUGACUCUCUACAGAGGAAGACUGACAAAGUAGACAUUCUCCUGGGCUGCGACUACUUUGGGUUGUUCCCCAAGUGUGAGGAGGCGAAGUGUGGAGAUAAUUUAAGCAUCAUGAAAGGAGACUUUGGAGUCUGUCUUCAAGGUACCCAUCCUGAUCUGAGAGAAGGAACUGAGCACGAUUCAAAUCUUGUGAAAACGAUUCACAACUCAGUGAUCAAGCAUGAGGCUUACCAUGUAUGCCAUGUCACUCACCCCGAGUUUCAGCCAAAUUGUUCCAACCCUGGAGAGCUGGUCAAAGUCAGCAAAAAGUAUGCUAGUCUCAGACAGACGAAUGUUGCAGAACCCCUCGCGGGUAAAAAUCAGGGACGCCUUAUAGAAAACUUCAUUUGUGGUGAAGAAAUUGGAACUGAAAUAACUCCACGCUGUGGUAGUUGUCGUUGUGGCAAGUGUCCAACUGUUGGCCACACCUAUUCGUUCAAAGAGGAACAGGAGUUAAAAUUGAUUCAAGAGAACCUUGAGUAUGACGGUGUUAAACAGUGUUGGGUAACUAGCUAUCCUUGGCUUGUGGAUCCAGGAACUUUACCCAAUAACUACAGUAGCGCCUUGGCUACUCUCAAGAGUACCGAGCGAACACUCAGCAAGGACGAGCGGUGGGCUGAAACUUACCAGAAGCAGAUGGAGGACAUGGUGGAACGAGGUGUUGCACGGAAGUUGUCUCAGAAAGAACUGCAAGAAUGGAGUGGUCCUAAGUUUUACAUCUCCCACCUGGCAGUGGUCAACACACGGUCACACUCCACACCUGUGCGAAUCGUAUUUAAUUCCAGUCAAGUGUGCCAAGGAAUGUCUCUUAAUUCCUGUUUAGCUAAGGGACCGGACUGUUACAUGAACAAUCUAAUUGGCAUAUUGCUGCGCUGGAGGGAGGAGCAGGUUGCUCUUGUGGGAGACAUUCGUAAAAUGUUCCACUCUAUCCACUUGAAGCCCUUGGAGCAACAUUGUCAUCGGUUCCUGUGGCGUGAUUUGAAAAUUGACCAAGAACCCGAUGUGUAUAUGAUGACACGAGUCAAUAUGGGCGACACUCCAGCCCCGGCUAUUAGCACUGAAGCUGUGUACAAGACUGCAGAUAUGUUUGAAACUGACAGUCCAAAGGCUGCCAACCUCCUGAAGAGAUCCAGCUAUGUAGAUGAUUUAAUUGACUCUCAACCAAGUACACCUGAAGCAUUGAAAAUUGCUCGUGAAACAGAAGACAUGCUUGCGAAGGGAGGCUUUGCAGUCAAGUGUUGGCAGUUUACUGGAGAAUCAAGUCCUCGCACCGGCGAAAUGUUGUCUGACAACGUUGACACACUUGUUGCACCUGAUGGUACUGUACGCACGCACCCAAACAUGUUGAAAGGAACUGAUAGCAACCUGAGGGUAUUGGGCCUUGGCUGGAAUCCAGUGGAAGAUACCAUGGUGUUCGAAGUCACUCUCAACUUCAGCAAGAAGAAGAAAGGAACACACACAGGCCCAAACCUCAAGAAAGCUGAUUUGCCAAAAGGCCUACCACUUGUGUUGACAAGAAGAAUUGUUCUGUCGCAGGUUAUGAUGAUCUUUGAUCCUCUUGGACUUGUGUGCCCCUACACUCUGCUGGGAAAGAUUUACCUGCGCGAAACGUGGUCCCUAAAGCUUGGAUGGGACGAUCCGCUGCCAACCCACCUACGGUCCAAGUGGGUUCACUUCUUCUGUUCCCUGUUCCAGCUCGAGCAGCUUAGUUUGAAUCGUUGUUUACGACCACCCGACUCUGUUGGCCGACCAUGGCUUAUCAUCUUCAGUGAUGGUAGUGACCUCGCCUAUGGUUUUGCAGCCUACAUCAGAUGGCGCCUAAACAGCGGGGACUAUUGGUGUCGACUUAUCAUGGCAAAGUGUCGUAUCGCCCCAGUGAAUAAGUUGUCUACUCCUCAGAUGGAGUUAAAUGCUGCUGUAUUGUCCAAGCGAGGUAGAAAGGUCAUAGAAAAGGAGAUGAGGCUCGAAUUUGAAGAGGUGUGGCAAAUUGUGGACUCUGAAACUGUUUUGAGUAUGAUCAACAAGACCAGUACUCGCUUCAAGGUGUAUGAAGGAGUUAGAAUUGGAGAAAUUCAAGCCGCAACGAAUGGUGAUAUGUCCCGUUGGGCCUGGAUGUCAGGUUAUCACAACCCCGCAGAUUGGUUGACCCGUGGACGCACCCCUGAGGAGCUCGAUCAAGACUCCCACUGGUGGAAUGGCCCACCUAUCCUGUACAAGCCUGUUGAAGAGUGGGGACUCAAGUCUGGUCUGCAGAAGGAAGAAGUGCUCCCUGGAGAGAAGAAGAUGUGUAGUACGGCGGUAGCCAGGGCAGAUCCUCCUUUGAUUGUCUAUGAGAGAUUUAGAAACAUCAAUCGAGUCAUUUGGGUCGUGGCAAGGUUGAAAAACAUUGCAAGGAACAAGACUUUCCGUGCAGGAAAUGCCAUGCAAGUAACCGCACAGCACUUGAAAGACGCAGAGGACUUUGUCGUGAAGAACAUUCAGAAAACAAUGGAAUGCGAGCUAAAGAAGAGCAGCAGCAAGAAAGGUCAUGGAGGUCGCUAUGCUAAGCUGAAGCCUGUACAAGAUGCAAGUGGAAUAUGGGUCGUAGGAGAACGACUACUAAGGUACAAUGCGAUGACACCAGACUCAUCCCUUCAGAGAUUGUUACCCUCUAAGCAUCCAGCUACAUGUCUUUUCAUGGAACGUGCGCAUCAAGCAGGAGGACAUAGGGGACGUGACGCAACCCUUGCUCGAUUUCGAAUGCGUUACUGGACGCCUCAAGGCAGUAAACUGGCAAGGCUAGUGAAAAUGGACUGUCAACUGUGCAAGUUGCGCGAUGCCAAAUUUCUUGAGCAACCGAUGGGGUUACUGCCAGAAGCUAGACUGGAACCCGCACCAGCAUUCAACCACGUGAUGCUUGACCUGUUUGGACCGUACACAGUUAGAGGGGAAGUCCAGAAACGCACAAGUGGCAAAGCAUAUGGUGUAUUGUUCACCGAUCUCGCAAUGAGAGCUGUUCAUAUCGAGGCAGUGUUUGGAUACGACACCAGCAAUUUCCUGAUGGCGCUUAGCAGAUUUGCCAGUCUUCGUGGAUGGCCAGAGAAGAUUUACAGCGAUCCAGGUUCUCAGCUUGUGGGCGCAGAGAGGGAACUCAAAGAAGCCUGGCAAAGAAUCGACAGGGAGUCCUUACAGAGAGAUUCUGCUCAGAAUGGUUCAACCUGGGUAUUUGGACCUGCCGAUAGUCCCUGGCAUCAAGGAGCAGUGGAGUCUCUGAUAAAGGCCGCCAAACGUGCUAUUCAUUUCUCAGUGAGUGACCAACGUCUGUCUGUACCUGAAUUUCUCACUGUCUGUUGUGAAGUGUCCAACUUACUAAAUGAGCGUCCGAUUGGAGUGAAACCAAGCGUGGAUUCAACCAUCAAUGUUCUCACACCCAACAGUUUGUUGCUUGGACGGGCGACUGCAUCUAACCCCUUAGGAUGGCAACCUUACGACGCAAGCAUUGUAACACGUUACCAUCUUGUUCAGUCUGUGGUGGAGGACUUCUGGAAACGUUGGACUGAGCUGUAUGCUCCAGCAUUAGUAGUACAGCGCAAAUGGCACACUGCCACUCGCAACUUGUGUCCAGGAGAUGUGGUGAUUGUCGCUGACAAGAACACUCUUAGGGGAGAUUAUCGCUUGGCGCUUGUGCAAGAUGUUUUUCCAGGGGAAGAUGGCAAAGUGCGCAAGGUGACAGUCAAGUACAAGAGCUAUCGCACUGGGGAAAAAGUUCACGAGUACCGGGGUGCAAGAGACACUGUGGUUUCAAGGGCAGUUCAGCGCCUUGCCCUACUUGUUCCAGUGGAUUAAAGUCUGAAGCCGAAGUCAAGAAUGCAAAUGGCAUUAAGGAUAUUGAAUAUAAACGUUUAUCUGGAGACAUUUUGUGAUUUGUUCAAUGUUACAAGUUGUAUCGCAGCGACCCCCACCCUCCCGGUGUGUUAGGAACUUUUAUGUUUAUCUUGCUGUAUUUCCGGACGGUAAUUAAUUCGCUGCGAUU